UCCAAUAACUUAAAUCUUUUCAUACAUCUUCUGAAGCUUAAAAAGGAAUUCACAUUUUUCAGAAACAAACAAAAAAAAUAGAAAUGGCUUUGGUGAGAAGUAUAUUGGGAGCAAAGAAGAUUCUAUGCCGCUCCACCAGAGCAGCCUUGGCGGCACCAAAAGGGUUUCUUGCGGUGUACGUAGGAGAAAGCCAGAGGAAGAGAUAUUUGGUGCCAAUCUCAUAUUUAAACCAGCCUUCGUUUCAAGCUCUGCUCAGUAAAUCCGAGGAAGAGUUUGGAUUCGAUCAUACGAUGGGCGGCUUAACGAUUCCAUGUCCUGAAGAUACCUUCAUCAAUGUGACUUCUCGGCUCCAAUGAUGAUGAUCUACAUUUUUUGUCCUUCUAACUUUAGAAAUAGACUUAUUCAUUGUAAAUAGCUGAGCAUUUUUACUCUUUCUCUUGAAAGAGUUUUUCUAAAAGUUUAGAUAGUGAAUACCAUUUUUAUGCGAAAGACAUGAUUCAUGUCAAUACAUUUUGGAUCGAUCA